AUGAAUCUAAGCGCCAUUUCAAACAACAAAGGCGAAUCUCCUAGGUCCAUGAAAUCUCAUCAACCAAAUUGUCUUCGGUUGCACUUUAUGCUAUUGGAGAUGCCAAAUAACGAAUUAUUGAAGGAAGAAUUUUCAACUAUAGAUUUCCUAUGGCUUCGAAGAGUAAUUGUAGACCAGAGUUCUAUUCUUAAACAAUCCCUCGCCAAAUAUGGCCAAGUUGGUGGUAUAUCGCUUUUUACACAUGCACAACCUCUACCAGACCGACGAGGAGCACAAAUGAUUCACCGAUGCAAAAAAUUGAUUUUCUCAACUUCUCAAUGGAAAUCAAAUGGUAUAUUGAUGCACAAUGAAGAAACCCGUCUGGUCAAGAGCGCAAAAUUUCGAAACGCUUGGAAAAGUCAAAUCAUCAUCAUGCGAAACAGAAUCAAAAUUACUAAUAAAGGAGCACCUGUCGUUGAAGUACCCAAUGAUGUUCCUGCAAAGGUUUCGGAAGCAAACAGUGUGAUGACCGAGGUAUCUGUCGCAGCCCCGAGGCCAUUACUGGAAGGAAGGCAGAAUAGCACCAAAAUGAUCACCACUACCGAACCCCUUAUUAAAGUUGAUCCCGAUGGACCUGUGGAUUUAGUUGACGAGGUUAAGACAGUGUCUCGAGUGAAGUUGGAACACCUUGACUCAGAACAAGUUCAACCGGUGCUGAGAGAUACUUCACUAAAUGUUACAGAUGAGACUUAUCAUUGCUCUCCUUCUCACUGUCAUGGUUUACCUGAUUUUGAGUCCGAUGUUCCCGAUAGCCAGGUUCCACCACCGGAUACCACUUCAAUUUCUCGGUCCGGUCCUUCACGAAAUAGUAUCAUGGCUGAAGUCAUAUUCUUAAAGGACUCGAAGCGUAUCAACUACUCUUCCGAAGCUUUACUUUCAGACCAUACCCAAAAGUUCAAGGCCUGUGCACGGAUAACUGUGCUCACCCCAAACAAAAUCGGUCGAAAAGUUGUUCGUGAUGCAAUGAGUGUGAUCUGGGACAGUAACCAUGAAUUAGUCCUCUUCUGGAAAUCAGUGGCUUUGCGAACGUCUACCAUCAUAGAAAUCACGUUCCCUGAUGCCACUUGGUUACCUGGUGUCACUGUUGACACUAAUAGUGACGACGACCUUCUCAGAGCUAGACAGGUUAUCUGGAAUAGCUUCUGGAUAUUCCUCGCCAAGCAACCAGAAACCAUUAUCUCGACCUUCAAUAUCAAUGCAACCCCCGAAAGUCCCAAACUCGGGGUAGCACUCUCUAAGCGACAACGAAAUAGUAUACCUGAUGAUCCUAUAUCUCGUCACCAAGAGGACGGCACAAGCCCUUGUUCCAACGAUGCAUAUGAUAUAGCAUUCCGAAACUAUGUGUCCAAGAUCAGUAGCCAGAGAUCUUAUGAAAAUUCUGGUCCACGUGAGGGAAUUCAGAGUAUCGGCCAAGCUCCAAUAUCACCAAAAUCACUUCCAUUGCUGAAAAGACCUGCCAAGCGGCCGCGCUUGAUAGAACAACAACUCACAACAGCUCAAACAGAACUUGCAACUACAACAUCAAAUCCCAUACUUUGGGGACAGCAGAUACAGCAGCAGAUGCCAGAACAGCAAACACAUCAACAACAGCAUGGGUCGCGUCCAGUUCAUACACCUGCAGGGUCUCACAUUUUGGGAUCUGUAUAUCAUCCCCCACCACAACCGUUCAUACAAGCCCAGUCUCUCCAACCAAACAGCAUUCGCACUCAGCCACGGACCAGCCUUCCAUCGACAAAGACAGCUGUGUUUCACCAUGAGCCAAAUGGUGCAUUCGCGUCAUACGCAUGUCAAGCAACGCCGCGUACGAACCAUUCUUCCCGUUCCCAGACUUCACUAGCGAUGCCUCCUACUCCAAGUAAAACCCAUGAAAACAUGCCCUCUCAACGCAUUCCUCGAAUGCUCGCAUCCACUCUCACGUCUUCAUACCAAUAUUCUCCGUAUACUCACGCCUCAGCACCAAUGUCUCCUCCUGAAACCAGAGCUAGAUCUCAACGUUCCCCACCUUCAGCACAUCAUCCACCAUCAAUGCCAACAUCAAGACUCAGCCAUCACAUCCAAACUUUCAAUCAUCCCGAAUUACCCCAAUCCCCACCAAUUACCCCUCAGUCUCACCGCUUUCCUUCAUAUCCCCCCUCCCACCCAACCCCAACCCCAACCAUCCAAUUCCGCAUCCAACUCCAACCCAACGGCCCCUUCAGUCCCCCCUACCCCAAAUCCGUCCUCGGCAUCCCCGGUAAACCCGCAAUCACCACCUCCCAAUUCUUCGCCUGCUUCACCGCAAACACAAAUCCCAUCCGCGGGAAGAAUCCCGACUCCCUAACCUUCCGACUCAAAGACGCAGUGCCAGCCCCAAUUGCAUAUACCGUUUCUCGAACGGGAAUAGUGGAUGGAGUCGAUGCAUUGGUAAAGCUGAGAGCAGAUAUCAAGAGAGAAUGUGAGAAUGCGGGGAGAUUGGUCAUGGGAUUGGAAAAAUUCGAGAUUUACGUUAGUAUCACGGAAGAAACAGAUACGAGGAAGGAGGUGGAGCUGCCUAGGCAGGUGUUGGGAGAAGAGUGGUGA